UCCGAGCUGGCCGCGUGGGUUUGGUGUUUGGGCCUAAUUUUGGAUCUUCGGACCCAAAAGAGAAAACUGCUGAUGUAGCCCUCCUUCCAUCUCUUGCGUAGUGUUUUGCUCGGUUGCCAACGAAGCUCUGCACGAUCGAACUCCUCCCUCCCGUCGACGAACCGGGAAUCCUUGGUGGGUCAAUCUGCGUUGCGUUAGUAUGGGGGGAGGGUUUACCUUCUGAAUCGCGGGUGAAACGGCGUAGUCGCGAAGGGCGUCUUCAAGAGGACUCGCCUUCCCAUCUACAACCGUGCGCUUUCAGUCGGCGCUAAACUGUUGCUGGGUUAAGAAUCGUUCUAUGCAGUUGUGGAUCAACACAACUAUCACGACUGUAAAGGGAGAUUGGGCUGUGAAUUGCGACGCGGAAAAUUCACUUCCGCUAUAUGGAGGAAUGAGGAGGUUGAAACGACGAGAAGAUUGGGAGUUGACAAGGUCGGAUUGUUGACGACAGUGGAGGGAGGGUCGGCGAUUUAUGUGUCAAAUGAAGCUUCAAGUCCUUCCGAGAACGGAACGGAAAACAGACCGCUUCUCUCAUCAAUCGCUGAAUCGAGCCAGUGGCUUCAUUCGUGUUAUGUCUCCGUAGGCGUCGAAUCGUCACCUUCCAGGUAAACUAUUCUUGGCGUACCUUGGUGGGUGAGUUCUUGCUGAAUGCUGAAAUUGUUGGUAUAAAAGAAUGAGCAAGCUUCGGCCAUGUUAAACGCAAUGGGAAGAGGAGUGUGACCUUUGGUAUAGAUGAAGUUUUGUAAGUUUCAGUUAUCGGUGCAAUUAGGUAUCCAGUAGAAUGAUGAUUCUCCCCUUUCCCGUUUUCACAUUGAUUUCACAAGGCUUCCGUUUCUUAUUUCCCUUCUCAUCAUCAAUUUCACCCCUCUAAAUGCCUCCUAAUCGCAUCCUUGGAUCUCUUUCUUUCUCUCUUUCUGGGUUGUGAGUCGAGGAAUCACACAAUUCAAAUUUUCUUAUCUGGGGUUUGAUCAGGAGAGGAAGCAUAAGAAGAAAAAAAAAGCUAGCUUUUUUGUUGUUGUUGCUUUUGUGUGUAGUGUUGGUGAAGAGUCGAUUCUCGGUUGUUACUUACUCGGAAAAAUGCCUCUUCUUUGGUUACCUGCUCACUCACGUUUUUCUAUGAUGAAUCGAGGCCUGGGUUUUCCGGGUUUGAUUCAACAACAAAAUAUGGAUUUCAUGUUUAAAUUCAUGACUCUAAAACUAAUCUUCCUUUUUGGUUUAUUGAGUGGUUGUUUGAGGACUAAAAGUUGGGAGCAUGGAGUUUAUGUACAUCUUAUAUAUAUUUAUGUUUUUGUCCGGGCAAAGUUGGGAGCAUAGGAGUCAAAUUUGACGUUGAUAGCACAGACGUAUUAUAUCAGAGUUACUUGCCAAGUUGGCAUUUCUAUUCUGGGGGAGUUUGUCAAUGAUAAGCAUGUUCGAACAUCUGGUCAUGGAGGUACCUUCACCUGCCAUGCUAUCUUGAUGAUGUAUGCAUUGUCUUCCUACUCAUGUUAUAAAAACUACAUGUUAUUUUUGUUUUCCCUACUGUAUGAUCUCUAUCUUAUACAUUUUAAAAUGAAGUUUUUCUUUUGUGUCAGGCCCACAGUUUAUGCAAUCAGUGGCUUACAUGUGAUGAUCCACGAAUGCGAACCACCCACCGCCACUGAUUCUUCCACUCUGAGUCCGCUGUGUUUUCCUCUUCAACGAUCCCUCACUAUCUAUCGGUCUACCUAUCUCUACUCUACGGUGCACCGAUCAGGGGAAUAAUUGCAUACCACCGCCGCUGAUGGGUUGUAGGUUCUGGAAUGCCAUGAAUUAGGUUACCAGUUGAUGGCUACUCCCAAUCCUUCCUCCGCUCCCAUUCAGGAUCGGAUUGUGCAGUAUGAUACUCCUGGUGAUCCCGAGGUGCUUUGCUUUCUUCACUUCACAAUGGUUAAUUGUAAUGAUGAUCUUCAAUUUAGAUCGAAAUUCUGUUUUUUAGGAGUACAUAAAUAGGGUGGGGUGAACAGCACGUGGAGAAGGUGCGGAAGGAAAUGCCUUAUUGUUCCUGAUUUCAGAAGGGCUUCAAUUUCUGCAUUAUUUGAAGGUAUGACAGAUUUGGUCUGUACUUCUACAGGAUGUACUUAGCUCUUGCUGUAUGCUGAAAUGAAUGUUUCCUUUCAGGCAGCAAAAAUCCCAUUGAAGGAGUAUGAAUAAGAUGAAAAUAAUGUAGCAUACUUUCAGACUCGCCUGGACAGCGACUUUCUUCAUCCUUUCUACUAACCCUCAACUUGCUGAAAAGAAGCACACUUCGGUAAAGCAUUCUGACAAACUCUGCUUGUGGGUUGUUGCAGGAGAAAUGGGUGGCCGGGAGUUGCUGGAACAAGGCGGUGAAAGAAGCUUACUGCUCUUACAUAUUUGCAGUUGAUGUGGGAUUAUCAUGUUAUUGGGUUGUCUAACCAAAGAUCAGAGGAAGUUCGUGCACUUGAGCCGGAAGUAAGAGAUGAGGGACUAGCAACAUCCCGUGACUCGCUUCAGUCAGGUAACUUUUCAAGCAUUGAAUAUUUCAUGUCGUCCUAUAUGUUUCUUAUUUUGGAGGGGUUUCGUUUGUUCGUUUUGUGUUUGGUUGUUUGGUGCUGGUGUUGUUUAUUCACUGUUGCAAUGCCAUUUGGGAUUGGUAUGUUUGUUUGUAUUCUAUGUUCGAAGAAUCGUCUUUGUUCUGAAGAUGAUCUAGAGACUGAAAAUUUUCUUGUGUGUUUAUGUGUGGAUAUCAGACGCGAUUAGAAGUCUAAAGAUUCAUGAUAAAAAUCAGGAGCAAGUCGGAGUUUGUGGACUGGGGUUUGUGGCUAGGCAGUAAUUGCCUCUGUAACCACCCUCAGUAUGCUGCUCAGGUCAUAAAGGCUUUGCAGUUAAGAGAGGAACUUCCUGAGCGAGCUAGAGAGCCUGACUGUAGGGUGAGUUCUCUGUUUGGUAGAAAGCUUUGUUCUGAUACUCUCUGAUACAUGAUGGUGGAUUGGAAUGUCUAGAGACCAAUGGUUUGAUUAUGUUACAUCAUUUUUGCACGUCGAAACUCCUUGAUUCAGACGAAACAGUUAAAAGUAAAGGCCCUUGAUUGGCUAUUAAAAUGUUGUAAUCAGGGAGACAAAUUGUAAUCAGCGUGGGCUGGCUAGACAGUGAAAUAGAAGAACUGUUACCGGAUGGUGGAGUGUAGAUGUAGGUUUCAUUAGAGCAUGAUUACUAGGGGAUCCUGGAUGGAGGAGACACAUGCCGUGCUGAAAUUGUACUGCCUUUCAUGGAAAUUUUGUUUGAUAUUCUUAGCCAGAAGUUGCUUAUUUGGUGCAUUUAUUUACUUAAUUGGUUACCUGUGUAGAGAUGCAGAUACAUAUUUAUAUAUAUUAUUCUUUUGUAUCUAUGUCUACUUCCAUAUAUCUCAAUGCUAAUAAGUUUAUGUAAGUGGAAGUGACAAUACUAAUUUGAUGAUUAAGAAAUCCAGCUCCAGCCCCAGCUGCAAGUAAAAGUAAAGGCCCUUGAUUCAUAUGUUUCAACUUAGAAACUCCUUGAUUAGUUUUUUCUAUUAAAAUGUUUGCUACUUUAUUCUUAGAACAAAUUGGCUUUGUGCAGGUUGGCUAAGGGUGUUGCAUUUGUGAAGUUCAUAUGCAAGAAGGCGCUGAAGAUGUAUGAUUUGAGCAUUGUAAAAUGACUCCGUCGGACUUGGUGAGAACGGGGAAGAAGACUGCCUGCUGGAUGUGUUUCGUUUGGGCUUGAUUUAUGUUUCUCGGCCCACCUGAUAGAACUGGACGUCAGAGAAGAUCGCUCCUCUCUGCUUUCAUGCCCAUUCCAUUGGUAUUCUGGAACCGCCGCCUGUGUUCUGCUCCGCAUCCUUCUCGUCGUCGCAGUAAUUUUGUCUUAAUAUCCCUAUUAUAAUCAAUUGAAAAUUGAGUUGUUCUAUACUUGGAAUUUCGAGUACUAGGUCUGCGGCAGGUUGCAGCAGGGAGGUGCCUUGCCAUCCGGUAUUUAAAGUGGAUCCUUGCGCCUGGUUGAGGGAGGACUACUUUAAAUGAUAUAUGUGCGGACCGCAUACGUAUAUCUACCUCAGGCCUUGGAAGAACUUGCUGUGCACUAGAAGGUCAGUUCAGCUUGCUGCAAUUUCCUUUUCUUAAGGGUUGCCAUCUAAAGAUUUUAUGCUAUUGAAGUUAGUAUAUACUUGCAGUGUAGCGAUAGUGAACUGAAGGUAUUAGGGAAAAGUAACGCUUGGUAGGUAAUUACGUUUUCAUUCCCAAAUAGUUCUUAUGAAGCUCGGCAACAUUUUGACACCUCCUCUGCAACUAUUUUCAGUGGAGUUCCGCGAUUCAUGUUCUCAGCAUAACUGGACAAGCAGGGUCGUGAAAUCUGUAAGUUUAUUGUCGUUAGUUUAUUAUUCAUUGCUUAAAGCUGGUCACGUCAAUGUUGUUCAACUUUUGUUUGUGAGUUGUCCUAUUAUCACUUGAAAUCAGCAUCCUGUAAUCAUGUAUUGAGAUAGCUUACCGGCUUAUCACUACAAGGAAAGCAAUAUUUGUUUGCUGAAAAGAAAAUCCUGCUUCUGUCUUGUAGGCAACCCUCCAGGUUCCGGCACGUCAAGUUCGAGGUACAUUUUAUGAAUGGAGCAGGGCUACCAAGACAGUAUGGCUUCACCAUGUGAAUAAAUGGUUAUGCAGUUAUUUUUGUUUGCCUAAUUGACAAUCUUCUCAGCCAUACACACCAUAUCUGAUCGUUGAAUGCUAAACUUUAGAGGACACCUCCUUUUAGGUCUGUUAGUGUUGCUAUGUAUGGUUAGAUCUUAGAUGAAUUGAGUAUGCCGUAGUGAUGAAUUGAGUUUCUCUUUAUUUCACCUCAAGUAUCAAUUUGAUAAGGGAAGCUCUCUGUCUUUGUUGUUUUCAGGGUCUCUGUUUGUUAGUUGGUAGACUGUUAUUCUGAUUUCAAGAGAAGCCAUUUCAGCAUAAUCGGAGCUAUUGCCAUCAGAAGCCUUUCACGGGAUACAGCAAAAACCCACCCCUCAGUCUCUCCCAAAACCAACCGGAGCGCGGCGAAAACCAGUUAAACUUUCAGAGUUCUCUACAUUGAUGCUGAGGUGAGCUCUUUCUCCUUUAUUACAUAGGCGCAGAGAAAACUAGAGGUUGAUGGGUUGAUUCUCCUCAAGUUUGGAGCUGUUAUUUGCCGCUGAAGAAUUUGUUUUGUAGCUAUUGCAUUUUGUACUAUUCUCCUUUUUUGGUAGUUUCUAUAGGGUGAUGGUGAAUGAUACUGAAGUCUACAAUAAAACAUUUGUGAUACGGUAUGCGCACUUUGAUUGCCUGUUAAAUUGUUGUACUCUUCCAAUGGACUUUCUCGUUCAAAUCCCGUGGUUUCCUUUUGUUAGUCUUCUACUGCAGUGUGAAUUUAAUGGAGGAGCUCAAAAUCCGGUAAAUGAGGUACCCUUUAUGCUACCAAAUUCCAGUCUUUUCUUGAAUUUGGCCUAAAGGGGUAAUUGGUCUUCGUAGGAUAUAAACUUACCAUUUUUUGCAAACUAUCAAGCAAGGUGUACGUUUUUUUUAGUUGGUCGAACAUGAGAAAUUGAGUUGGCUUACCUCAAAUUAUGUUUAUAUAUAUUCAUAGGAUGAGAUGCCUUACCUUAACUUUUCCCUCAUUGAUACAAAGUCCCGAGUGAUCACUCGUUGUUAUUUCGAAUUGAAACUCUGAAAUAUACCAGAUUAAGUUAUGUAAACGAACAUCAAAUCACCAAUUUACCAGCAAAAUGAAUCAAAAUCCUUUAUGUAAAUUUUCCCUUUUGGUUUCAUUUACAGUUCUCCAGUUUACUUUCAUUCUCGUUUACUUAAUUUAUUGGUAUCUCAUGCAGGUUGUUUCUAUAUAGCAUCAUGAAUUCUGUUAUCCAAAGCUUCAAGAUAAGAAACUUGUCACCCUAAUUGAUAAUGUAAAUGAUAAUAUUUCCAAGGGCUUUUGUGUAGACAACUCUACCGGUGUUCAAGGUUUCAAUUCUUUCCAUUGUCAAUGCAGGAGUCUAUAAUUGAAUUAUUUGCCGGAAUCAUUACAUUUUCCCCGAAUUGUUUCUGCUUUCCAAUUAGAAUUCAUGCGUCGUUUAUUGGGAACGUAGUAAAGGAGAGAUAAACAGAUUUCACAACACUUCUUAGUAUACCCCUUUAAUUUUGUCUUAUCAUUGGGGCAGUUUUUUGCCCUCAAGUAAAUGGUAGGCAUUUUGAAGGAAGGGAAUUUUGACGAUUAAUGGCUAGAAAAGUUAGAAGAAGCUGUGAACGAACAAGAUUGUGGAUGUGUUGUAAUAGGGUGUUGGUUGAGAAAAUUUUGGGACGAUAGGAAGGAGAUUCGUGUACUUUUAUUCUACAACAUUGUUUUUAACACACAAAGCAAAUUUAUGUAAUUUUAUUAUGUAUAAAAUUUGUAACAAAUUGUUCAUAUAUGCUAUUAAACUUUGUUAUUUUCAUUUUAGUUUGGAUUUAUAUAUUGAAUUAAUUGUUUAAACUUUUAAAAAUGUAUUGUAAUAUUAAUUUGAUUGAAAUUUGAUCAUAUUAACGUUUUGAAUAUGUAAUUCUCCAAAAACAUAUGCACUCCCACUCUUACUCUCAUUUUUGCUCUACGAGUCGGUAAUCUAAAGUAGUCGGCCAACGGACUGAGUUAAAGCUAGCAAUAAUGUAUAACCCUAUACUUAAUUUAUGCAAGGAUAUUAACUUUCCCUCCAAUAAAUUUUAACGAAUUAUAUCUCAUUCGUUUUAAGUCAAAAUUAAAAAAAAUUUGCACAUAAAAAUCAGAUUAAUUGUGCUCUUCAAAAUAACAUCCACUUUGAUGAAUUGCAAAUAAGCAUGGUUUCGUUUGGAUGAGAAAUUGUAACGAAUCAAUUUGACCCAAUUGUCUUGUUUUGAGACAAUUGGACCAAAUUGAUCUGUUUGUCAGCAAAAAAUUUGGAUGGAUCAAUUUGGCAUGGAGAAUUCUGAAAUUAUCCAUUUUGAGUCCAUUCCAAUUAUCUGGGGUGGGCAGGUAGGUAAUUCAUAUUGACUCGCUUUAAUUGAAUCAUUUUAUAAAAUGAGAUUUUUUUAUCAGUCUAUAUCAUGUGGUACCACUUGGUAUGCACAUAUGAGUAUGCCAUACUGUAUAAUAAAUGUAUAGUAUUUAUACUAAUGUCAUUUAGCAACAGAAAAAACCUCAUAUAUUAGCAACAACAGGUUUCGUAGUUAACACUCAUUGUCAACCCUCAACCGGCAGUUCUUCCAUACCGUGGUUGGCGGACGAUCGAGUUUAACGCCUGCAUAUCUGUUCUUGACUGGGUAUUGUUCCGGAAGAGGAGCCGACGAUAUCUUCUCCCCAGCCAUUCGUUUACCCACUUGAGUUUUGUUGUUGUGUUGGAGAUUCGGUGUCGCCGGCUGUUCAAAUCAGAGGUCAGAGUUCUCAUUUCUUUCUUCCUCACGAAUUACUUGGCGAAAGAAGGUUACUUGUCUUUACUUAUGGGUUCGUGGUUGCCUGGUCGUUACAGACUCAAUUGUUAGCUUUUCCACUCCUUCAUCUCUUACUCUUACUGGAUUGCUAGGUUCCGCAUUACCUUGCUUUUUAAUUUGAACUCCAACCGGGCGCUGCCAUUUCAGGGACCAUCCGGUUUGUGAAUUCACUAUACAUUGGCCUUCUACGAAUAGCCACCUACCUCCUUAAGCAGUUGUGUUAGAGAGCUCUCCCAAUUUUAUUUCAACCACUUCACAUAUUUGAAAGUAAAAUAAACUUUGACCCCUGGACGCUCUAAGGGAGUGGGGAAACAUGAGAUGCCACUUACUUUCUCAUCCCUAUAGACUAGAGUGUGCUUUGUAUAAUACUUCCAGUCCACACUUCUAAACAAUUAGGGUAGCUAAUCAGAACAUGGUUUUGUUAUUCCUAUGUAAAUAUAAAUGGAGUACUUGAAUCUACCAUAUUUUGCUUACCCUCUAUGCCUCUCCUUGGUCUGAAUGAAGUUGCAAUGCGUACCAUUUUUCAAUGAAUUUUGAACUCUAUAGAAAAAACAAAAUGAUCUUUGAUAUACAGAAAGCUAAGAAAUUUGGGACUUGUCUGAAACGAAUAAGGUUCCUAUUUGAGAGUUGGUUGAUUAGUUCCCCAACCUACUUUCAUAUUACGUAAACAUUAACCCUUUCUUUUUUCAUGUAAAAUAUAACGUCUUUGCCGCUUUCUAAACUUGAACAAAUUAAUUUAGGGUCUAGAAUACCAACCACUGAUGUCCACCAUUUCCAUUUCCAAAUUUUGUGGUCAAAUUACCAGUGUUGUUCAUUCUGUAGCUAUAGUUCUCAUCUUUUUCCAUUUGUGAAACACUUUUUUCACUUUACUAAUUCCUACGCUGACAUAUCAUUCACUAAACACAAACUCUACAGGCCGGACAGUGAUGAGCCCUGGGAGAUUCGCACUGCCUAAGUUGUGGACUCGGUGAAUUAUUGUUGAUUUUUUUGGGGCCAUUCAGGUGAAAUUUCUCUGUUAUCAAGUCUAUUAACAAGUUGUGAUACUGAUUUGUAUUGCCAUAAACAUGUCGUGUUUGGAGAUGGUGAAGCCUUUUGUAAUUCAUACCUACUCAAAUCACAUUAUCUAUGAUCCAUCUCCAUCUUCUGUAUGCAUUUUGUGUCAUAAUUUUUGUUGGGGUUAAAAGUAGAUCCUCACUAGAUGAAUGAGCAAUUUAGGUCCCUCUUUCUAAAAUUGCAUUUGUUUAUGGUUAGAAAUUUACUAUUCUCUUUGCCAAAGUGUAUUAGUUUAUGGCAAGAAAUCAAUAAGAAUGGAUAAAACCAAGCCAAUCAAUUAAUAAUGCAAACACGUGUGGGCAAUGGGAUGGUCCACACCUGAACAAACCGAUGUUUGGAGCGGAUCAUUCCGAACCGAAUAUAAUUUGGUUCGAUCUUGAUCCCAUUAAUUUUACAAGUAUUGAAGAAAAAUAGACCAAAUUGACAUUUAGACCGGACCAAAACGGAUCGAAUGCAAUAUUGUCUGGUCCUUGGUCUUGAGAUAUCUUUCACUAUUGGACCGCAGUUUUUCUGAGUUUGUCUAAUUUGGUCCGGACCGGACUGAUGUCCGCCCCAAAUCGCAAAUGGCAGGACCAUAAACUAGAAGAGUCAAAAGAUAACAUAGUUGAUUGAGUCAUUAUGCACUAGAUAUUUGUUUAGGGUUAUGAGAAUUAUGUUAAUAAUUUGUGUAUGCCAUGUGUGUUAUUUUUAAAUUUAUGCUCUGGCUCACUUGGAGUGAUCUAAAGAAAGAUGUGAAGUGAUCUAAGAACAUGAGCAUAAAAUCAUAAACGCCCACUUAUGUUCAUAGCACUAACCAACAUGCAAGGCAAUAGGAAUUUGUUCAUCUUUACGAGAAUCGUGCUAAGAAAUAAGGGUCAAGGUUUUGUUGCCUCAAGUUGUGUUUUGAAUUUUAUGACCAAAGUCUCGAGUGAUCACUCGUUGUUAUUUCGAAUUGAAACUCUGAAAUAUACCAGAUUAAGUUAUGUAAACGGACAUCAAAUCACCAAUUUGAACUCCUUCAUCUCUUACUCUUAUUAGAUUGCUAGGUUCCGUAUUACCUUGCUUUUUAAUUUGAACUCCAACCGGGCGCUGCCAUUUCGGGAUUCCCUAUGAAGCCCAGUUUCGCCAUCAGGUUUGUGAAUUCACUAUACAUUGGCCUUCCACGAAUAGUGAUAUGAUCCCAAAUUGCCCACAAUUCACGUCACAAUUACUUGACAAAGAAGCUAUCAAAGUUGGGAAGAAGAAAGGCAGAAUUUGGCUAAGUCAAAAUCCGUGUUCAGGGUACAUACUUUGGAGGCAUGGUUCUCUCAAUUGGCUUGGUGGAAAUUCCAUUUUAAGAGUUUGUUUUGCAGAUAAAGUUGCCACCUUUCCAAUGGUAUGCUUUGUAAAUCCAGAUGAUGUCAUUAAGGUUGUUUUUCAAGUCCUCAAAGUUGCUACCUCAAAACUGGAAAACUGCCAGAAAAUGGUUAAGUCUGGAAACUGUUUUGUGAAGCCUACUUUGGAGCUCAAUUCAAGGAGCAUGGAUCUGAUUCGAGACCAAAGGCUUCUACAACAUGAAACUAGGAAUGUUUAUCUACCAAGGGAAGGAAUCGGAUGAAAGAUCGGAGUUCUAGAAGGCCUUGUACAAAAGGUGUGAAGUUAGUACGAAAGCUGAUUUUUGACUGUUUGCUGGCAGCUUACUUGUGCUUCAAGAAAGGAAGUUUAAACUCGAAUUUUGUGUCCUUUUUAGUGUAGAAUUUUACCUUAAUUGUUUCCUAGUUAUACUAUGAUUGUAUUAGGUUUGAUUUGCCUUUAAAUAGCGUUCUAUUUCGUUGUAAAAUGAAGACUUUGUUGAAUAGAAAUCGAAACCGUUUGGUUUGUGCAAGUUGCGACUUGUUUUUGGUUUGGUGGAUUCCAACCUUGCUGAGCUUGUGUAUCGAUUGAAUAGUCACUUCAAUCGUGGUCGAGCAGCUACCCUUUUAAUACCAUACGAGCUUUCCCCAGGUGUGGAAUUGUCCGUUGGUUCCGUUUUAUCCCAAGUUCGUAUUAAGAGCGCUUCGUUCUUAAUUCGAGCUCAAUCGAUUCUUCGAUUGAGUCGUUUGCUGCGUUACUUUGAUAACAUACACCCCAGGGGCGUAUUAAAUAGCUACCUACCUCCUUAAGGUACCUCUCUCAAUUUUAUUUCAACCACUUCACAUAUUUGAAAAUAAAAUAAACUUUGAUCCCCUGGACGCUCUAAGGGAGUGGGGAAACAUGAGAUGCCACUUACUUUCUCGGGUUGGGCAUUUUCCAGGGUGGAUAUAUAGUAGUAUAGAAUGGUUCAUUGAACUUAUAUAUCAGUAGGUUUAAAUACUACUUUGCAUUGUCUUUUGGGCUGCCAAUUUCCUCCAUCGGCAAUGAACAAUUUCCUUCCUUCCCUAUUAUGUCUAUUGUUAUCGUUGCAGGUUUAUGCUAUAAUAGUUUUUUUUAGGGUUAUAGGUAUAAUAUGCCCCUCUACUAUGACGUUUUAUCAAACAUGCCCCUUUAUUAUUUUUUACAUCAAACAUGCCCCUGUAAUUUGAAAAAAUUAUCAAACAUGCCCUUAAGUUGAAAUUUCCAUUGAAAAAAUUGACAAUCAUGGUUGAACCGAGAUUUAGACGACCUGACAUCGAUAAAUGGGAGGGAAAAUGUUAGUUUUGACUCUUGUUUUAUUUCUCUAGGUCUCGUCAAAGUGAAAUUAUUAGAAUUAUUUGGCUAUACAAAAGAUAAAAAAAAACUCUAAAGUGAAAUAAUUAGGGAUAUUUUAGAUAUUUAGGUCGCCCAAACCAAAGUUCGGUCUUGGUUAACGAUUUUUGGAUGGAAAUUUUAACAAAAGAGCAUGUUUGAUAAGUUUUCCAAAGUACAAGGGCAUGUUUGAUGUAAAAAAUAGUAGAGGAGCAUGUUUGAUAAAAUAUCAUAGUAGAAGGGCAUAUUAUACCUAUAACCCCUUUUUUAUAGCUUAUUUGCUAUAAUUUGGGCCAAGUAAUUUGGUCUCAUCUAUUAAUGAUAUCGGUUUGUGUUAUGGAUGCAGCAUUCUCUUCCAAUUUCCAUUUGUUCUGCAUGUUCUUGGUUUUUAGUUGCGUUAUUUAUUGCAGGUUGCAGGUGUACGUUUCUCUUUGUUGCCUUUCCAAUCAACGGUUGGGAUUUUAGCUGUAAUUAGUUUGUACUUCUCAUCCCCAUAGACUAGAGUGUGCUUUGUAUAAUACUUCCAGUCCACACUUCUGAACAAUUAGGGUAGCUAAUCAGAACAUGGUUUUGUUAUUCCUAUGUAAAUAUAUAUGGAGUACUUGAAUCUACCAUAUUUUUCUUACCCUCUAUGCCUCCCCUUGGUCUGAAUGAAGUUGUAAUGCGUACCAUUUUUCAAUGAAUUUUGAACUCUAUAGAAAAAACAAAAUGAUCUUUGAUAUACAGAAAGCUAAGAAAUUUGGGACUUGUCUGAAACGAAUAAGGUUCCUAUUUGAGAGUUGGUUGAUUAGUUCCCCAACCUAGUCUCAUAUUACGUAAACAUUAACCCUUUCUUUUUUCAUGUAAAAUAUAACGUCUUUGCCGCUUCCUAAACUUGAACAAAUUAAUUUAGGGUCUAGAAUACCAACCACUGAUGUCCACCAUUUCCAUUUCCAAAUUUUGUGGUCAAAUUACCAGUGUUGUUCAUUCUGUAGCUAUAGUUCUCAUCUUUUUCCAUUUGUGAAACACUUUUUUCACUUUCACCUCUUUGCUAAUUGCUGAGAUUCGCGUUGCCUAGUUGUGGACUCGGUGAAUUAUUGUUGAUUUUUUGGGGCCAUUCAGGUGAAAUUUCUCUGUUAUCAAGUCUAUUAACAAGUUGUGAUACUGAUUUGUAUUGCCAUAAACAUGUCGUGUUUGGAGAUGGUGAAGCCUUUUGUAAUUCAUACCUACUCAAAUCACAUUAUCUAUGAUCCAUCUCCAUCUUCUGUAUGCAUUUUGUGUCAUAAUUUUUGUUCGAUUUCUUCUGUAAUUACCGGGCGGGGGGGCGGGGGGGUUAAAAGUAGAUCCUCACUAGAUGAAUGAGCAAUUUAGGUCCCUCUUUUCAAAAUUGCAUUUGUCUAUGGUUAUAAAUUUACUAUUCUCUUUGCCAAAGUGUAUUUGUUUAUGGCAAGAAAUCAAUUAAGAAUGCAAACACGUGUGGGCAAUGGGAUGGUCCACACCUGAACAAACCGAUGUUUGGAGCGGAUCAUUUUGAAUCUAAUAUAAUUUGGUCCGAUCUUGAUCCUAUUAAUUUUACAAGUAUUGAAGAAAAAUAGACCAAAUUGACAUUUAGACCGGACCAAAACGGAUCGAAUGCAAUAUUGUCUGGUCCUUGGUCUUGAGAUAUCUUUCACUAUUGGACCGCAGUUUUUCUGAGUUUGUCUGAUUCGGUCUCGGGUUACGGGUGGGCUCAUAUUGGGUUAGUUGAUUUCAGGUCAACUAUUGACCCAACCCAUCGGGUUUCGGGCCAGGUUACAAGUUGUUUCGGGUGAUGAGCCCUCUCAGAAACAAUAUCAAACAUGCUUCAUAUUUUUUAAAAGAACACAAAUAUUCACGUAUGCAUGGCAAUAGUUUACCUAACACAUGUCAAUUAACAUAUUCUCAAAUU